AUGGCGGAGGAAGUCAUAGAACUUCUUCAGUCGUGGAAUAUUCCGGAUGAGGUAAUAAAUAAGUUUUCAGAAUGCUAUCACAAUUCAAAUACAAAUUAUUUUGUUUGUCCUAUACCGAGCUGUAGCAGGAUUUACCAUCGAAAAAAUUCUUUAAAACAACAUAUGAAUACUAUUCACCAAGCUAAUUUUUGCCAUGAUAAUCUGGCCAAAAAUACUGACGAUGAGAACAUCAUCAAUGAAAGUUAUUCGACCAGUGAUACUCAUAUUGAAGAUAACAUUUUAUGUGAAUCUGUUGCCGUUACUGAAGGUGUGCCAAGAUCAGUCAUUCAAACUCUAAUAGAAUCCGUUUCAGCUUUUAUGUCUUCUGGAUUAAUUGAUAAAAUUUUAGAGUCCCUUUUAGAUUUUUUUCCGUGUCACACGAAAUCUACUUCCUUCGAAUAUAUAAAGUCUAUGCUAAAAUUGAUGGAAAAUCCAUUUUCUUCACUAGAUACGGAAUACAAACGCUUUAAACAUUUUCAAAAAUCUGAUAAAUUAUUUAUGCCUCAAGAAAUUUUUCUCGGUGUUUCAGAAGAUCAGCAAUUAAAAAAAGAGUAUUCGGAAAAUAAUGUUCUUCGAAAUAUAAUUCAUGGAAGUAAUUGGUCUUCAAAAUUUCAUAGUGAGAUUUUGCCGUUAGUGUUGUACUACGAUGAUUUUGAAAGAGGAAAUCCUCUUGGAAGCCAUGCAGGAAAUUACAAAAUUAGUGAUAUAUAUUUUUUCAUUGCAACGUUACCUCCUGACCACUUAAGCAAAUUAGAAAAUAUAUUUGUAACUUUCUUGGUACAUUCCAUCGACAAAAUAAAAUUUGGUAACUCCGUGUUUCAAGUAAUUGUUAAUGAGCUAUCUCUACUAGAAACUGAAGGAAUUAAUAUCAGAGUAAAUGGUACAUUAGUUAAUGUCAAGUUUGCGUUGGCCGCAAUAUCUGGUGAUAAUUUAGGAGUUCAUGGAAUACUCGGGCUAUUUGAAAGUUUCUCAGCAACACAUUUUUGUCGAUUUUGUACUAUUCCUAAAGAAGAAACGGUGACAGUAACUCAUGAAUUACAGGAUUAUUUACGAAAAGUGUCCGACUACGCUGAUCAUUUAAAUCGCAAACUAGGUGUUAAAGAGCAAUGCAUCUGGAACUCGCUACCUAAUUUUCAUUUGUAUAAAAAUUCUACCUGCGAUGUGAGUAUUUUACAUUAG